AUGGCAACGGUAGCUCCCUUUACCAAUGGCAUCGCGCCUGCGAUGAAUCCAACUUCCAACGACGUUGCCGAGUAUCGCAAGAUUCUCAAGCUGCGCGAUGAGGUAUUGCGAGGAGUUCAUCCUCGAUUGAAUGUGCCUGCGCACCUUGCUCAAGAUGUUCCUCUUCUCCCUCAACUCACCACACAGCCAAUGCUAGCCACUCCUUCUGUACCACAACUUGCUGUGCCACAGACAUCACAACGUGAUGCUCAGAAAUCGCCUGCUAUGCCAGCUAUUACACCUUCCGGAAUUAACCCUGUCCUCCUCACGAAGUCAGAUGACCUUGUACGUGCCGAGACGGGACUUCAGAGGCAGAGACUCGAAAAGGCUCUGAAGGAGCAAUUCGAGCACAAGCGGCUGGAUGCACGUAAGAGACCGGCUCCCGCAGAAGCGAAAGCAGACUUCGAUGUUCACUCCAUCCUAGUCAAGGCUACUGGUGUGUCAGGGGCAGAUUCGACGAAGGACGAUGGCGAAGCAAGUGAUUCUUUUGAUGAGAACUCCUUCUACUCUAGCAGAGCGCCUGAUUCAACUCCUGAGCGCGGAGCUCCUAGCCCGUCUCCUGGCGCAGACGGCGCUCGAGUAACUGACACUGCCGCAAAGGCACGUAUUCAAAGCGCUGUCAUGGGUGCGCCUCUCGACGCCGAUGCCGACGACGAAUACUCUCCUCGCCUUGCACGACGCGACUCGCCCGCAUAUUCGCCCGCCCUAGAUCCCGAAGACGAAGAGGAGGAAGGUGAAUACUCACCCCCAGAAGCAGUCGAGGGAGACUCAACAAUGCAAGACGUGUCUGCGACGGUAACGAAUGUGUACGAUCCACGCAGUCGCCAGCUGCGGCGGUACUCGGAAGUGGACAACGGCAACGUUCGAAUUGUAAGAAACCAUAUCAUCUCCCCAGUGGCACCGCAGCCGUCACGCAUAUCUCCCCUCGCGCUUGCUAAACAACCUCCCUCUCAACAGAACACCCAAGCUCGAAGAGACCGCAGUCCAGAUUACGUCAACCCUCGAAAGAAGCGCAAGCUUGACAAACGCGAUCGGAUGCGUCGACGCAACGGCUCCCCAGGCGUGAAGGAGGAGAAUGUCUCGCCGCCACCAUUCCACGAAGUACAACCUCUCGGAUCGGGACGUCUACCAGCAUCCAAUCCUGAUCGGCCUAUUGUGAUUGAUGAGACUCCUCGAGACGUUCGCUAUGCUCCGGUCGAACAGCAAUUUUCGUCACCAAGAGUGGCGCGAUACGCAGAGCCAGAGAUGCCUCUGAGCGAACCAAGAGUGGUCUCCAGACAAGCCAUGAGACCCAUGCGCGACACCCAGGAUCUACGAAGAGUCGCCAGCAUGCACAACGUCCGAGCAGAAAUGGGAGAUGAUCAUGAUACCUUCGGACCGAGCUCACGGCCUCGCGUUGCGUCUUACCGAGAAAGUAGUCCCGUCAUCCAUCGCCAACCUCUAGACGACCCAUACGAUCGACAAAUCAUUCAGGAGGUUAGAGUCUCACGCACGCCAGCACCAAUGUAUCGCGAAGCCUAUCCAGAAGAACAAAUACGAUAUGAGCCCAUGCCGCCACCACAACAAGUGGAGCGCAUCGUGUAG